AUGAAUAAGCCGCGUGAAAAAGGAGACAAAAAUCUUGGACGAAGUAACUUUAAAGGUAGAGGCAAGGAAGCAGAAUUUCGUACCAAAAAACAAAAGAAUGAACUGCAUAUAUUGAAAAUGUCCCAGGAAUGGGACUUAAGAAGGCAGAAGCGACGAAUGGAUCGGCAAAAAUGGGUCGAAGAACGACGAAAUCAGAAAUUGCCCAUAUGGCAACGAGUUGGAAAUCUGCGUGUCCAGGCAAAUGAGGAAAUCGCACAUGAUACUAGAAAUGAACUUGUAAACAAGAAACAGCAAAUUAUUGAAAAUUCAAAUGAAGCGACUCAAUCCCGAGUUUUAAAUCAGGAUGAUGAAGUGAAGGAACUUUCAUUUGAAACGCGAGGAAAGGACCUAGGAAGCGCGCUUCUUGCUCAAGGUUCAAAAGGAACGACCUUUAGAGAAAACGCAAAGACAGACACGGCCGAAAUAAAGUUUAUAGAAAAUGAGAAAGUUAGAACAAUGGGACAGCCGUUACUGUACAACGUGAGCACGUUAAAGACAUUAAAAAACUCGACGCAAAUCGCAGAGAAAAGACCCAUCGCAGCGUUCAAAACGCCUUCAAAGGUAAGAUCAUGUAAAAUUUUUAUCGCGGAUUAUUUACACAAGGCUGCCAUAUUUAAGAACAUAAAGAUCAAUAUCCGAGCUGGUUAAUAUUUGCAUACAAGUUCCCCGGUAAGAGAAUUCUGAAAACUGAUAACGCGCGCAGAGAAAAAUAUGCGGAGAGUAGUUUUUAAUCUUCUCAUAAUACACGGUUUUGAUUUUUUAAAAAAACCAUAGUUGCACCUGUUCCAGUUUUCAGAAGCGAGACGCUUUCAUUCGAUUAACGUACGUAUGGAAGGUAGAAUUUUUGUUUUGAGCUGUUGUACAUUUCGCCUAUAAUUUGCGUCCUACCGAUGCUGUAACUAAUGGUGUUAACCAAGUUAUCUCUCAUUUUUCACUCACGUUUUUCAGUUUCGUGUAAAAGGUCUUUAUUUGUGGCACUGUUAAUUGAAAUCUCAUUAUCCAAGUCUAAGUUUCGCGGUGACAGAGGAAAAGAAAUUAGAUGCCUUAGAUCAAGAACAUGUCACGGUUCAAAGUCUCCUUGCCAACUUAAUCAUAAGGCUCUAGCAAAUGUUUGAGUCUCAGGAAACAGUACUUGAGCUGAAAAUGAAAAACAAAUGAAAAAGGUACAUUAUACCUUGUAAAGGCCAGGUUACACACUCGCCGUUUUGCCGCGCGAUUUUUGUAGCGAUUAUUACCGUACGCAGUUUUAAGGAAUUUUUGAUGCGAUUUCCAAUCUUUAUAUAGAGUAUAUAAUGGUUACCGUAAGUUUCAACUGAUGUCAACAGUCAUCCGAGCCAAGGAGGCUUUUGGUCACUCUCAUUGAAAUUCCAACAAGUUUGAAUUAACGGUGAUUGCGCAGCGACAAAUCGCCAUGAAAUCGCCAUGAAAUCGCCAGUAGUUAGUUACAUGCGCAAUUUCAAGUCGCAUCUGAAUCGCAUUACUGAAAUGAGGCAAAAAUCCCGCAGCAAAUCAUCUGUGUCAGAAAAUGAGCCUCAAUGUGUUGGUGGCGCCGCGCAUUUUGCCUACCACGAGGUGCUAAAUGACAUAAACGUUGUCAUGACAAAUGAUCCUUUUUCGGGUAUUUCAUUGCGUUGGUGGUGAAGAAUCCAUUUAAUAUGAAAACAAAAAUCCGUUUUCGUACUGUUUCCCCCCCCCCAAAAAAAAACCGCACACUUAAACAGAACUUUCGCGUGGCUUUUUCAUUCUCAUUAGACGACGUCUCGCCGCAGAUUUUAUUCAUAGAAAGACGGGCCCGCGACCUUUUUUGAAAAAUCAACCAAUGAGAAGUAAGUCCAAACCCGCAAAUCUUUUGCCGCUCGCCAUACUUGCUAUCGGAACAGCGAUUUUUUAAUUAGAAUUGGUGGCCUUUCAACAGCGAGCCUCAUUUGCAUGACUAGGUAUAACAAAGUGGUACAGAAGUGGUACAGUAUUGAAAAAGCCAUUCAAAUUUAAUCAUAAAUUAUUUAGUUUAAAAAAAUUAUAAUCACUGCUUAUUUUUAGGCAUUCAAAGGAGUAGUCAUUGUGACUACUUUGUCUUUCAGUUCUAAGCAUGACUAGAUGACUUUAAUUGUUUGAGCGUUUUUUAAAAAACCAAGGUAUUCUGAAUGCGGUAGAGAGACUUACACAGCACCGUACAGAUUUUAUCGCGCGUAUUUAUUUUGAGAUAUUGGUCUAUGCUUUUAAAGGCAAUUCACAGAUUAGCACAUCUUAUAUUAGAGCAUGAUUAAAACAAUGAGUGUUUAGCCGAAGCCAUCUUAUUGGUUGAUCCAAUAAAAGUCUGUUGCUGCAGCGGUUCAAAGUAAAUAAACAUCUCCAGCUUCGAUGUCGAUGUUUGAGGGGAAAUCGUUCAAGCUGGUUCAGCGCCAUGACCACUUUUGCAUAACAAGGGUCUCAGAUCACCUCCCUUGCAUCUGUUUAGUCGUAACUAACCAUAAGCUGCUGUUAUUUUUGCAGUCUCUUAACAAUCAGGCUGAUGAACAUCUUGACAGUGGAAAGUCCUCAGAAAUAGGUACUAUUGACAACUGGGUGGAUUGUGUAAACUGAUGUUUUUUGCCAGAUUUUGUAAUUUCUUAAUAAACAAUUAUAUACACGUAUAACACUGGCCGAAUAUUAGCCACACCUGAGAAGGAACAUGGCCAAUAUCUGGCCAUCCUUGAGCAAAUACUUUUGGCCAUGAAAGAGUUUUAUGAUAUGGCCAGAAGAAAGUUUUCUUGCGGGAACAAAGCGGAAAAUCCCUCGAGUGAAUGGGCAGCUAAAUAUCCAUCUUGACCGCUCGAGUAGUUAACAACUGAAAUUACAUUUUUGCACGUAGAUCACUUGGAAUAUAGUGAAUAUGAAAAUAACGAUCAUUUCAAUUUGAAAUAUGCAAGAAAUUCUUCCAAAUUAGGGCUUUGCCUGGCUUAAGGGUUCUCGCAUGUAUUUACGAAUGAAACCCGAACUGGAGGGCGUGGUCUUCUUUUGGUUUAGUCUGAAGUAAGGCCGUAUACAAAGCAGAGGAUUUUGGAAAAAAUGAUUGGCAGCACCGCAAUUAAAGGUUUUGAGACAGGAAAUGGAUUUUUGGUGUCUAGACUAAGGACCAGGGGAACAACAUCGAAAGAACGAAGAUCCUCGUCGUCUCGUUUAGUGUUUUAACAGGAGUGUAUGCAGAUUUUGGUCCGCCUCUAUUAUGGUGUUCCAGACGGAACGUCAAUGCUUUUACCCAUACAAAUAUCGCUUUGGGCCGUGAAAAAGUGAAGAAAGAAGGAGAUGAACGGGAAACGAGGGAACCAGGGGGUUUCAGGUUCCCAGGGGCAAACCCUUCCCCGGCAAAAAAAAAACUGAUUAAAGGGAUUUCCCCGGGGAAUUGCGCUUGGUUAUAUAGCCUCCGCCUUGGAUAGAAUAAAAUCAAAAUCAGCAGACCACGAUCAAAGUAAAUGUUAAUAUCAGUCAGCCCCUCUGGUAAAAUAAUUGUUAAUCAAAUUGACUUCGCAAUAUCUGUUAUCAUCUGUUACCACGGGAAUAUGAAUAUAUUUAUUUGCUAGCGCGACCAAACUUUGCCAGAAAGAAUUAACAAAUAACAAACGAUGCACGUGGCGGAGAGAAUUUUCUCGGCUUUUGGUGCUUUAAGCUAUCCGCUUAGAAAUGGCAGCUAGAUUUAAAGUCCUACGUUCUUAUUUCACAGGGCCGGAAAAAGCUGGGAACAGCAAUGAGGCAAAUCCUGUCGCAAUACAAAAGCUUUUACGCCUGGAACCAACAAAUGCACAGCCGGAUAGGACAAACAGAAAAAGAAAGCUAGAGGCUAUAUACAUUGAUGGUGAUAUCGACGAAAUGGUAGGCAGAUCGAAUGUGCAUGAAGUUCGCGUUUUUUUUUUGAUACCUUAAAAUUUGCGUGGGAUUCGAUUACAGCAUGCUUUGUGCAAAGAAAACGAAUGCGCUGCUGUAAACUCGGUUUGCAUGAGUGAAGAAAAAUUCAAAAAGGUGUUUGAAAUGAAUCCCCUAAUUAUUGGAGUUAAUGGAAAUUUUCACCGGGAAUGAUGUUCAAAAGGAAAAUUAUCAAAGAAAAACAGACCGCGUUCGUCGAAAUGUAGUUUUGUUUUUGUGAUAAUAAUCUUUAUACAAAAUGUUUAACCAAAUUUUUCAUCCUUACAAGUAUCUAAAUUUAAGUUUUCUAAGUUACCCUGAAUUUUAAUACGAAGCAUUAUCAAUCGCUUAGAAAACAUUUGAUGAUGAAGUACAUAUACCUUAACGCUCACCGCAGAAAUUGAAGAGUAAUUUCAAUUUAAACUUAUCAAUAUUCUUUUACGCUCAAAUUUUAUUAACUUUACCAAAUUUUUGAAAAAUAAUUACUGACGAAGCGGGACUCGUUAAGCUUCGAUUGCUAUAUUCCUUGACGAUUCAGUUUUGAGCGCCUUUUAUCGAAGAAGAUUUUAUAUACAGCUAUUUCGAGAAAGGUUGUAGGAAAAAAUGUGCACGCGACCAUUCCCAAAGGUAAUAUGGAAUAUGCACAAUACACUGCUCUUGACACUGUAGCUUUCGAACCUACUUUUGUUAGUUUCCUUUAGCACCCGCAGACAUAUGGCCAUGGCCUCUCCUGCCAUUCUUUCAAAUUUCUUUGAAAAACAGAGAACUCAAACUACCACCCACAAAACCCUUCGGGGUUGUCGCGUGCCGUUUACCCGACAACUGGCUUCCCCGAAAUAGCUGUAUAUAUAUAUUAAAUAUCCCUGACUCUGAACCAAGCGAAUUUGAUAAUUUAUACACUUUUGACACUUUGUUGUCACAAAACAAAAGAAAAAAGUAAGGACGAAAUUAAUACAAAUAUUGGGCGAAUAGACCUUUUCAAAGUGAUCAAGCUGAGUUAUAACUGGUCUUGCUUCCAAAUCAGUGUGUCGGCAACUUUCGCUUUUCACUUGUGAUCCAAAUUCAAAAGAAAGUCGAACACGUUCGUAAAACAUGCGAUUGAAAUAAGGUCUUUACGGUGAAUUUAAGCUAAUUUAGAUAACCGCGCAGUCAUUUCGUGUGAUUUCGACAGUUUAUGAAAAUCAGUCAGAACUCCUAUUGAAAAGCAGUAUUUUAGAUUAUGCCCGCUUCAUAGCAACGCCAGAAUGAUUUUAAGUAUUUUUGCAUCUGCAUUUAACUUACAAAUACAAGGGAGAAGAAGAGUAAGGGAAAAAAAACUAUUACACAAAAGGGAAGAUAGAACGAAUAAACAAUUCGUCUUUCUUGGAGAAGCAUAUCGCGUAAAUAAAUUUACAUAUAAAUUGGAAAUUAAUCUUUUUUCGAAGCCGGCAAUAUAUACUGUAAACCCUCGGGAAGAAGAUUGGUUUCUUCUCACAGACGAUUUAAUGUAGAUAUUGUAUCUGAUUUAUUGACAACUCUUGACAUACAAGAUCACGGGAGGCAGACUGGAGACGAGGGACACGCCGUGGGAGGGGUAGGUGGGGAGGCAUACCCUCCAGAAAAAUUUUACAUCUAGAGGGUCCAAAACCGGGUUAUCUUCAGAAUUUUUCAUCACCUAUUUUUUUCAGAAGAAACUGAUUAAUCUUGUUCGACUGAAGAUCAUUUUAAAACUAAACAUUAUGUUCUGAACCAAGUCUUGUCUCGUUCUGAACUCUUGCUAGCUAAGGCUCUGUUUUCAAUACAGAUUUUCUUUUCCGGCUUACGUUUUCGCCUCACCCAAAGCAGCCGAGUGAUGGAAAUUUUACAAUAAAAUGAUUGUUAAAGAGACUCUAAACUAAUUAGUUAAUCAACUAAUUAUUUAUAUGCAUUCAUUUUUCAAUAAUUUUAGCCUUCUCUCAUGCGUGUUGACAAGCCAACGACGCUGGAGAGUAUAGCGAGAGAAAAUGGGGUAAGCUAGAGAAAGUCUGUCCUUUAUUCAUUAAAGGUCUGCCUGCGCGCCUGGUAAGCUCUGAAGGGGAAUGGGGAGGGAAAAUUCGGGGGCGCGAAAAACGAGAACGGAGCGCGUUCUUCGCGUUUUAGCGCGCGCGACUUCCUUUCUUCCUGUUCUUCAUUGCUCUCCUGCCACGUAGGCUAGACAGUGUUGGCAGUUUAAACUUGCCUCGGGCGGAUGUAGGGCUUUUGACGCGAGAGGUGUAGCUACUUGUACCAAGGGAAUAACAAGUUGGAACUUUUUACCUAUAUUGUCCACAAACUUUAUUCCGGAGAGCCAACAACAUAGCGGAGAAGAGAGGAAAAUGGGAAAAGGACUUGUUCUAAUUUUCUUUAUUUUAAUUUACUUCUGCUUAAUUACAAUGUUUAACGUUUUUAUUUUAUAUCUUUUUCUAGCCGGUCACGAUUUCAAGUUCUGCGAAUAGUGCAGUAGUAAUAAGACCCAGUCAUAAAAGCGUAGAUCAACCAGAAAACGAUAAAGGUACAUGAUUUUGUUAUCUUCAACCUACACCCCGCUCACCACGCAAAUGUUAAACUUCCACGUAUUAUAGUUUUCGACUGAGGCACCACUUUGUGGAUAAGAUGCACGCUAUCCCUCCAUUUGGUUAGCAAAUACAAUUUGGCCUGAUCUUAGUUUACCUCUCAUGUCAGUUGCUGCUAGCCUAGUGCAAAACAAAUGGCUAACCAGAAGAGUUGUUGCCAAAUUAGGACCACUUUUAAGACUUUUAAAAGCGUCACAAGAGAUGAAGUUACCAUGGCGUCAGUCUUCACUGGCCUGUUUAAGACACCCUUGAUGUUAGCUUUAAGUGCCUAGAACUCAAAAGUUUCGAGUCGACUUCAUGAUGUUUGUACACUCAAAGUUUGGUAUGUCAAGGUGCAGUUGUUUAAAGAGGCAAUGUCACGCUGUUUGCUGCCUUCGCAUCAACUGAAUUCAUAAACUAAUGACUCAAUUUGUAUAGAUAAUAGCAUGAUUUGUAGUAAUAUUUGGCAUAAAUACCACAAGUGAUAUUUCGAAAUUGUUAUACGUAACGUAUACGUAAUUUGACGAGCCGUUAGGCGAGUGAAAUUUGAGAAAAUUUUGAAAUACCACCAGUGGUAUUUAUGCCAAAUAUCACGUACAAAUCAUGCUAUUAUUUGUUUAUACUACUACCCGCAAAAGGUUUGUAAUUUUCACAUGUAGGUAUUUCAAAUUAAGCUGAAACACCACUGCUCUAAGCCAAUCAAAUUGCAGAAAUUUCUUAUGUAGUAGUAUAAUGUCAUUUAAGACAUAUGUUUAUCUAUUUGACUGUCUCCUGCCGUUUGUUGCAACGUCGGAUGGCAAGGAUGGACAUGGAUUGAAACUUUCUUAAGUUUUAAUGCUAUCCCUGCAAAAAUCCUCCCAGAGCUUAUUAUGGUUAGUGCUCCCUGAGAAAAUUUGUUUGAGAUCUUCAUUCUUAACUCUACAGGGGCAUUCUAUGUAUGGUUAAAGGCACUAUGUAAUGACUUCAGCACAGAAUUGACCUAAAACAACAAUAUCCUAGUGACAUCGCCCCUUUAAGAUAAGCCAAGCCAAAGGGGGGAAUUUCAUAUAUCCCAUGAUGCAUCGCUUCAUACUAUAUUAUCAAGCUUCCGAACGCACGUGAUGCUAUCAGUUCAACAGGGACGUGACAGUUGAACAGCAGCGGAAAGCGAUUUGUUCUGCCGAUAAAACUUUCUGUACCUUUGCUGCGUCGGUCUAUUUACGAUUUUCGUUUUACUAUUCCAAAUAUAUCUCUUGUUAAGUCAAAGAGAGUGUUUUGCCCGCCGAUUAUGAGUUAACUAGACUUACGAUAGCAACGCAGUCCACACAAACGUUCUAAGAAGCUAGCGAGGAAGGUCUUUGCUUCAGUACGUCCUGUUUUAACGUGCAAAGCUCUUGACAAAGCUCUCCAUGAAUUAACAGGCGAUUUCCACGACUUGUCUUGAAAUAAAUACAUAUUCUAGGUGUGAGAUUUCUCUUAGUUGCUUGUUUGUGAUCGGGGUGUUCAUAUUGUCAGUUCAAUAAUUCAUCGAUGCAGUACAUCAACCGUACAGUGACUGCACACGCUUUUACUUCAACAAGCUCGGCUUAUGUAGUCGAAAAUACCGAGACCGUUAAAGAGCAAAGUGACGUCUAUCGGAGAUAAAAUUCAAAGGAGGGAAAUAGCUCCAACAAACAAUAAAAAUAACAAAGACAUCUCCAUAUUUUUCGUAACACAACACGAGCUAAGCAUCAUUGUCAAACAUAAACAGAAAAGAGCUUUAAUAAGAAAUGGCACAAUACAUAUACAAAAACACCCACUUCUUCACUACAAUGGAUCCUAAAAGAAUGAUCAAAAUGUCUUAAAAGCUUUUAUACGCCGGUUGAGGUCCUACGGCGUGCUAUUCCAUGACAUUUAGUGCCCUGUAUAUUUCAAGUUCCCCUCGCGCGGUUGCGACCGGAAGGCACCAAUUUACCUAAAAUAAUGAGACAAAAAAGCUUCAAUAACUAUAAACCAUUGAAUUUAAACAUUCAUCAUACCCCCAAGAGAUAAUAUUUGUGUUUUGAUCGACGAAAAAAGGGCGAAUUCAAGAAAAAAUGUUCCAUCUUCGCGGGACUUAGCAUAAAGAAAUUGAAACCUUCGUCUUGCAUCUUAGUGGAGGAAGGGCAGAAAAUGCGAUAUUUCAAAACGAUCAAACCCAUAAAAAUCGCGUGGUCGAAAGAGGUCGGAGCGUGGAACUAGUAUCAAGCACCCCUUGCCCGCCGAUUUAAAUAAUUUAUGAGGGCAAAACCUUGCUAGAAUAAAGACAGUUUUCGAUAACUGAAAGUCAUCUAAAUAAAUAUUCACUUGCGAGUUAAAACAGCAUGGCUUAACGGGGUCGUAAACGAGAGCAAUAAUGCGUGAAAUGACCAUGGGACCAUUUUACAUUAUUAAUAAGAUACCAAAGAUUAACACGGCUCAUUAAAACUUACAUUGGAUGAGCUGCAUCUUGAGAUUCAGGUCGCUGAAAAUCUCCCUCGAAACCCUCGAACGCUCUUUCCACCGCGGAGAGAGGAGACAAAUUUGCCGCGAAGCAUCAUGGGAUAUAUGAAAUUUCCCCCUUUAGCCAAGCCCUAAUCGCUCCACGCCGCUCGCCGCGGUCGCUCGACGCGACAGCAGGGAGCCACGAGAUAGAGGCCUUUGUAUUUCCAGAAUCUCUCAACUGAUGAGCGCAAAGUAGCGUUUCUUUGUGAGAGGUGAAAAAAAAUUACGAAACAAUAGUGUUAACGAAAAGUAUUGUAUUGUUCUGUUUUCGAGGGAAACCCAUUCUUAGUGCUCGUCACGCUUUCUUCUCUGGACACUCUUCACCCACCUCUCCCACAUGAGCUUUGGGGCCUGAUGCUAUUUGCCACGACGUUGCAGCAGUGUAAAAAUGGCACCCGGCGUUCCCCUUGGGGCUCACCCGGACUGAUUAGCAUCAUACUAGGUGAUGGCUUACAGUAGUUCUGUAUUUUCUCUUUUGUUUUCAUUUUAUAGAAGAAGCUAUGCCUCAGAUAAAGCAGUGCUAUUCCCUGCAAAAUCGGCGCGACGAAACUCCAAACUUUAACUUCUUCGCAGCUAAAAAAUCUCCUACAAAAUCUAACCCAGUUUCGAUUUGCAAGACAUCACCGGUAACCAUGACGACCACAUCAGCCGCGGUUAAAGUUCAAGUAGCAAUGCCGUCGGUUCCUGUCGAUUCCAAAUGUAUCGUUUACUUAGCGAAGGCCCCAGUCCCAUCUCCCACUCCUGGGACUCCCACUAACCCCAGGCCAGGUUACCUUUUGCCUGUAUACAAGGCAAGCACCAGAGAAGCGGCUUAUGCAUUUGUGCCAGCUGGAGCACAACGGACGCCCCGGGUGGGGGACAAAUCGAUGUCACCACUGGAGGGACGCGCGCCUAAUCAUGUUAGAAGCGAAUGUAGUCUGAACGGCAGUUGUACGACAGUUGGACACUACGUGACCCGCCCUUAUCCUAGUCCGAACUCAAUGACUGCCUUAAAGGAAGUGCAUACUGGGUGUGUCCCCGCUACGGGGAAGCUUCUGUCGGGUUCACAGGCGCCACCCGCACUGUACAGUGAUCAUAUCCAUUCCAAAUCAAGAGUUCACUCAUGUUGCGACUUAAUCAGCGAUACCGCCGCGUUAAAUCCUUCGCGGACUGACUCGGUCAAUACGACUGGAUGCUCAACAGGCGGCAGCAGUAAGAACUCCUUAGUUAACAUUCUGAAAACGAUAACUACACACAGCGUCGGUCUAUCGAGGGGAAGUGCGAUUCCGCCCAGCUCUGCACCGUCGCUGGUUCAAGAGAUUUCAGGCGGCACGCUAUCAGCUUCACAAGGAAAGCCUCCUUACCCGCCUUUAUGUCGAAUACAGGAAAUUGCGCCAAACCAAACGGUGUUGAACAAUCAAGAAGCCAUUUUCAACCCGAUGUCGGUUUAUGUUCGGGCCAAGCUGGUUCCGCGAGAGGUGGUGGCGGUAAAUCAAGGCGUGGAGCCCAGUCCUCCACUGGUCGAGUACAUAAAGACUAAUGCAAUAUGCGACAAGGAGCUGACGAAAUGGAGCGUGAAAAAUGUGGCGGAUUUCAUUGCUGCUACGGAUUGCGCAGAUAAGGCGGAGUUAUUUUUAGAGCAGGUUUGUAAUACAAUCUCUGAUUUUUGCCAAAAUGUCAAGUCUGGGUACCGCCAAAGCUGAGAGAUUACACAAGGUGAUACUCGCAGUCGUUUUUGUAUUGCCCCUUAGAAAAAUGUAUUGAUAUUAAUUUUUUUUUCGAAUUUGACUUUCCUUCUUUGAACUUAGCAGACUUGUGUACAUAACAGUACUUUCAGCUUUAGCACGAUAAAGAGAAGUUCCUGUAAAAGAAUGGAAUAACUACAGACUACGGCAGUGACUUCUGCAAACGAUUAGACUUUCUAGCCUUCUAGGAUAAGGACGAAACCCGUGGGUUCCGUCUAACAGCACUUUCACUUAGCUGGCUCUUGUGGGACGUAAAAGAACCCUACGUCUGUUCGAAAAAAAAUAGGGGAUGUAGACCCCGGCGGUGUGGCCAACCUUCCCUGGGAAGGGUGGGUUAUCUGUAAGGAGAGAUCUUAAUACAGGGAUAACCUCAUGAUCUUUCUUCAGGUGUCGUAAUGGCUUCCUGCAAAUGGUGUAUGUUUAUGUGGUAUAGCUUCAUUCAGUUUGAUGCAGGCACUAGUCUUAGUGCCCUGCAGUGUUCUCGAAGGCUGAUUUAGCACCAGAACGGGAACGUCAGUUGACGACGGCGCACGCAAAUCAAACAACUGGCUUGACCAAUGGCUGAGCGGCAAAUUGAGCACCGGAAGUCGAGCUUAGUCCUUUCUGCGCGCUUUCCUGUCGUCAAAUGACGUUCCCGUUCUGUCACUAAAUCAGCCUAAUGUUGUAGACAGUGGACGUACGUCAAAGACGUUUAACCUUUUAUCUCCCAUAUAAGAAAAUCCGGAUUCCGGAAUCUGGGAAAUGGUUGCUUGUGGAAUCUGGAAUCCGUAAAAUUUGAUUUGUCGAAUCCGGAAUCCUAGGCUUUGGAAUCCGGAAGACAGCGUAAGGAAUCCGAAGCCCCAGUUACGAUUGGAUCCGGAAUCCAAGUUCCUCCGACAAAGAUUCUGGAAUCUAGUACCUAGUCCCACAGCGUGGGAUACAGAAUCCAAGACUCUCUUGGGUUCCCUUAAAUGGGCAACUUUUGCGUGAAACAAAUAGCUCCUUUUUGUACGUGUCAUGAACGAUACAUGUAUAGUGUCCAUCUACCGUUUGAUAGUAACGAGUUUUCUAUCCGCAACAUUACACUAAAAUUGGCAUACCAUGAUAAUCUUAUUCCUCAGAUUUUUUCUUAUCUUAAAGAACGUAAAAAGUAUAUACCCUGCCCUGUUAGCCUCCCACGCAAACGUUCUUAGAGGUUCGUCACGCGUUCCUACCCCACGUGGGGGAGGAAAGAUUGCGUGACGAACCCGUAAGAACGUCUGCGUGGGAGGCUACUGCCCUGUACGCUGUAGUUAAGCGUGUCUUUCCCUUUUUGAAAAUGGUCAUUUAACAGUCCAGGUUUAACGCAGUUACCAAUCAAAAAGGUGUCAUUUUGCCAUGUUUCAUAAUUUGUAUUUAAUUUUUGUUCCGUUGUAGGAGAUUGAUGGUAAAGCACUGCUUUCAUUGUCCCCUGAGAUGCUAAUGAAGGGAAUGAACUUAAAACUAGGACCCUCAGUGAAACUCUACAAUCACAUCAUAAAUUUAAGAACGGCCUUGUCGCUUUAAAACUCCAGUCUCAAUCAGACCAGCAAGCGAGGUCAAAAGCUGAUCGUAUACAUGCACAUCUUCCAUUCACAAGCAUACUUUCUCUCUUCCAAACGGAACCUGAACAUACCCGGUUCUAUUUAUAGUGAAGCGUACGAAAAUCCCCGGACGAAGUAAACGGAC